AUGGCUGGGUCUGCAUUGGAGCCUCAUCAGCACGAUGACGCUGCGUCUACCAUAGCUACUACUCCAAGUCACACUCUUGCUAAUGCUGCUGCUGCUGCUGCUGCUGCUGCUGCUGGUGCUGGUGGCGGCUCAAUAGGAGCAGCGCAGCAUGAAGCCAGCUCCAAUGCUACUCCUAUUGCUGCUGCUAUUGCGGCUGCCGCGCUGUCAUCCUCGUCAUCCUCGUCAUCAUCAUCCGCAGUCACUGCGGCUACUCUGCUCGACGACGCAACGACAAGCCACACGCGGCGGAAAGCGUCCGUCACGCACGCCAUGAUUGUCAUUCUCAUUGAAUUCGCCUGCGUCGGGCUCAUCAUGCCAAUCAUCCCGAGCGUCAUGAACAAUGCAUUCGGAAAUAACGUCUUCUUGGUCUCGGGAUUAUCGCAAGGCGUCAAGGGCAUUCUGGCAUUCUUCUCGGCACCGGCGGUCGGAGCAUUGUCCGAUGUGUACGGGCGAAAGCCAUUCCUGCUCUUGUCUGUCUUGUUCACUUGCCUGCCCAUCCCGCUCUUGUUCUUUGCCAAUCUGUGGCCCUACGUCAUUGCGAUGACAUUUUCCGGCCUGUUCGCCGUCACCUUCUCGGUCGUCUUUGCCUACGCAACAGACAUUACAACCGAAGACGAGCGCAAUUCAGCUUACGGCAAGAUCUCGGCAAUGUUCGCGGCCAGUCUGGUGCUCUCUCCGCUCGUGGGCAGCGUCAUGAGCAAGGUCUUUGGCAACGAUGCAGUCUACCAGCUGGCAUGCCUGCUUGCGUUUGCCGAUUUGUUCUACAUUUACGUGUACGUGCCAGAGUCGCUCUCGUUUGAAAAGCUGCAGCGCAACCAGCGCGCUCUCGGCGGGCGGUCGAGUUUGUCGAGCAGCACCUCCUCAUCAUCCAUUCCGACAGCUGGAGCAGCAGCAAAGCUACACCACCACCCGUCUGACGGAAACAUUACCAUCCCAGCAGCAGCAGCAGCCUCCAUCGCUGCGAGCGAUCUGCGGCCAUCACCCUCUUCUGGAUCCUCCUCCAUCAACGGGUCGCUCCAUCACCUGCAUCACAGCAACUCUCAUAGCUACAAUGGCAGUCCAACUGCACUCGACAGCGGCUUGAAUGGCGGAACUCUGGGCCACAGCAGCGAUCUGCGUGGUGUCAGCCCGCUCGAAGCCGACCUGCAUCACAAUCACAACAACAACAACAACAACAACAACAACAACAACACCAACAACAACCAUGGCCGACGGAGUCGACGACAUCAGUUGGCUGGAUUGUUCAGGACGCUGAUGGACAAGGGUGAUCCCCUGCGCUCGCUAAAGACCGUGGUCACCAGUCCCGCGCUUCUCCAGCUGUCACUCAUGGUGUUUCUCAGCUACUUGCCCGAGGCGGGAGAGCAAAUGCUCAUGCUUCAGUACCUGGGAGCGCGCUUCCACUUUACCGUUUACCAGCUCGCAUCCUUCAUUGCGGGCAUGGGCAUUUUGAGCGUGUUUGCCCAGACAUCGUUGCUCUCCUACUGCCACACACGCUUUGGCGACAUGCUGACCAUUCAGUUCGGGCUGGCUCUAGCUGCCACCCAGCUAGUGUGGUACGGUGUCGCAUCGCUGAGCUGGAUGAUGUACGGCGCUGGAGCGCUGGCUGCCCUGUCCACGUUGUGCUACCCUGCCAUCUCCGCCCUCGUGUCCAAGCAUGCACCUCCCGACCAGCAAGGUGCUGUGCAGGGCAUGAUUACAGGCGUGCGCAUGCUCUGCAAUGGUCUUGGACCACUUCUGUUUGGCUUGUUGUUCGACAUUGCCGGCCUCCAGAUUUCAGAGUACCGCGGACACUCACACGAUGACGACGAGGAAGACGACGACGACAUCAUCUUGCAUGCCGGUCUGCCAUUUCUGGUGGGUGCCGUGCUCGUCCUCGUAGCACUGGCCCUUUCCACGCGGCUGCGUCUGGGCGCGCCGUCCUCGAUGUCGGCCGUUUUGCAUGGCGAGAGCAGUUUGCCGCAGCUGGCUGCGCCUGGUGCCGCCUCUACUUCCGUCCCUCCGUUGUCGCCGACCAAGCUUCACGGACCCAGCGUCGGAUCUGGGCACAGUAACGCCAGCACCAGCGGAAACAAUCACACUGUUCUCACUCUGCCUUCCCCGAUGGUUCACUCGGCGCCGCAUCCAUCGGCGGAUCGCGAUGACGAUGACAGCGACGCCUACUCGGGCAGCAGUAGUAGUGGUGGUACGAGUUGGUCCAGUAAGUUGGGGUUGCAGCAGCACUCCAAGUACACGAGGCUUGCUGCCGACGACGAGCCGUCCUCCAGCACGGGCACGGCAACCAGCGAUUCCUACACUUCCAAACUUCUCAGCUUUACUCGCCGAAAGGACGCCAAGCAAUCGUAAACUCGAAGCGAUAUGUGUGUGUGUGUGUGUGUGUGUGUG